AUGUCUGUGUCAGAACGCGAGCCGCUGCUGGGCGAUGGCCACAAGACAUGCCCCGUGACCGGGAAGACGGGCGACGGCCACGAGUUUGUACCCCCUAUGGAGGGCGACGUGCGCUCCGUUUGUCCUGCAAUCAAUGCAAUGGCGAAUCAUGGCUACAUUCCGCACGACGGGAAAGGCGUAACGCCGUGGAUGAUCUUCCGGGGGCUUCGCGCCUGCUAUGGGCUGUCUAUCCCGCUUGCCCUGACGCUUACCGGCGGGGGGUGGUUCUUCAACAAGCGCUACUUUGGGCAGGCGAUCACGCUUGUUGAGCUCGGGCUGCACAACGGUGUUGAGCAUGAUGCCAGUGUUGUCCAUGGGGACACACCCGUCCCCCCGCCCGUCGUCGGCCAUGACGGAAAAGUCACCGUCAACACUGCCCGCAAAGGGCUGCUUGCACCCGUCGCCAUCAUCCCCGCCCUAGUCGAGGAGUUCAUCUCCUCUAUCGUGAAGCGCGCCAGCCUCGAGGCCUCCACCACGGAAUUCGUGACCCCUACUCUGCCAGCCACCCUCCCUGAAUCUGCCGUAUUGAUUACGGGACACGAUAUCGUGCAGACGCGGCUCCGGCGCGAGGCCCAGUCUCCGCCGCUCGACCCAUUCCACGCCGAGCUUGCACGAGGGGAGAUGUCCAUCAUCCUUGGUGUAUGGGAAACCCAAAAACCGCUAUCCCCGUUGCCCAGCGGAUCACCGAUACCUGCGCCGGGUAUCCCGCUGCCGUGGAUGCGCCACUGGCUCGCGGAGGAAAGGCUGCCCGACGGGUGGAAGCCCACGCAUGUCCAGGGUCUCCGAGAUGUGAUCAGGCGCUCGACAGCGAUGCGGAAGGAGAUGAAGGCCAUUAGGGAGGGCAAGUAA